UCCUUUCAUUAAAUAGAAAAUAACUAAAAUUUUGUAAAAAUGAUAAGCGAUUCAUUAAACAACAGUACGCACCAAGGACGCGAUUACGAAAAAAAGAAGAAACAAGAAAGAAAAAAAUCAAUUCUUUAUUUGAUAGAGAAUUUUUUAAGAUUCGAAGGGUACAUCAAAACGGCAUCAACAUUAGUAGAAGAAGCUUGUUUAAAUACAAGUCAUCAUGUAGUUUGUGAUAACAUAGACUUAGACACUAUUCUUAUAGAAUACGAAAAUUAUUAUUUUUUACGUUAUCAGAAAAGACCACAAAUUAGUAAAUCGUUGGAUAUUACUAAAUCUGAGAUUCAUACUACCAAGAAUAAAACCAAAACUUUCAAAAAAUCAAAUAUAAAUCAACAUUCGCAAGAUAUUCAAUCAAUAGACCCAACUUUUUUUACAGUUAUUCCUAUGAAUAAUUGCAGUGAAUCUUUAGAAGAAGAAUAUUGUUUGCCUUCUAUUGAUCUUAGCUAUUGGAAGGAUGAGUGGCGAGUAUAUGCUGAAAUUAUAUCAAAAGAAAUUUUAGUCACCAAUCCUAAUGUGAAGUGGUCAGAUAUUAAAGGACUUUCUACGCCCAAGAAAUUAUUAGAUGAGGCUAUUGUACUGCCAACAAAAUAUCCUGACUUAUUUACAGGACUUUGCACUCCGUGGGCGGCAAUGUUAUUUUAUGGUCCUCCUGGCACAGGAAAAACGUUGCUUGCUAAAGCAGUAGCGACUGAAUGUAAAACGACAUUCUUCAAUAUCACACCUAGUACACUUGUUGCUAAAUGGAGAGGAGAUUCUGAAAAGCUUAUUAAAGUAAUGUUUGAAAUGGCAGAACAAAUGUCACCAAGUACAAUAUUUAUUGAUGAGUUAGAUACAAUUGCAUCAAAGCGUAUUGACCAUGAAGCCUCUCGUAGACUAACAUCUGAAAUAUUAAUACAUAUGGAUGGUCUCUUACGUUCAGAAAAACGAAUUUUUUUGUUGGCAACAUCAAACCAUCCAUGGGAACUAGACCCUGCAAUUUUUCGUCGUCUUGAAAAACGUAUUUUUGUCGACUUGCCGGAUGUCCAAGCUAGAAAAGAUAUGUUUGUAUACUAUCUAUCGGAAAUGUUACAAAAACACAAAUAUAUCAAAUGCGAUAUUGAUAGUGAUAGCCUUGCUCAAGAAACUAAUGGUUAUUCUGGUUCUGAUAUAAGACUUGUAUGUAAAGAAACAGCAAUGCAGGCUAUGCGUUCAAUAUUCCAAGUUUUAGAAAAAAAGCCAGGUAAUAAUAUCAAUUUUACAAUAACGACUAAAGAAGUGAUCAAUGCAAUUUCAAAAACUAAACCAUCAACAAGUGAGGCAGAUAAUAAUAAAUAUAAAAUUUGGCAAUCACAAUAUGCAUCAUGUUAAUUUAAAGAAUAAUUAUUUAUCUUUAAGUACUAGAAUAUAUAGACACAAACACUUUUA